AUGGCUUCAGAAGCACAGCUUCAGCUAGGUCUAACCCUAGAGGAAUUCGCGGAACUCGAGAACAUCAUCAACACGCACCACAAGUUCGCGCCAUCCCCCAAAAUCUGCACCUCCAUCAUAGCGCAACGCAUCCAGGCUCCGGCGAACACGGUCUGGCCCCUCAUUCGAAGCUUCGAGAAUCCGCAGAAGUACAAGCACUUCAUCAAGAGCUGCAACAUGCGCUCCGGCGACGGCGGCGUCGGCAGCAUCCGGGAGGUCACCGUCGUUUCCGGCCUCCCCGCCUCCACCAGCACCGAGCGCCUCGAGAUUCUCGACGACGACAACCACCUGCUCAGCUUCCGCGUCGUCGGCGGCGAACACAGGCUCCACAACUACCGCUCCGUCACGUCGGUGAACGAGUUCAACAGGGACGGUAAGGUGUACACCAUUGUGUUGGAAUCUUACGUUGUGGACAUUCCCGAAGGAAACACUGGAGUGGAUACGAAGAUGUUUGUGGACACCGUCGUGAAGCUUAACCUCCAGAAACUUGGGGAGGUUGCUAUGGCUACCAUUCUGCACUGA